CGCAGCCGGCGUUCCGGGGUCCCCGCGUGGUUCCCUUGCGCCUCCCCUCCCGCUCUCCCCACACUCGGGGUCGCCGCUGACCCUUCUCCGGGCCCCUCCAUCCCUCGCCCCGGUCUGGCCUGACCCGCACGGCCCCUCCCCUCUGACCCCGCCCGGGCAAAGUCCGGAGGGUGUGAACCCCAGCAUGCCUGCCUCUGGGCGGGGACGGCGGCCGUGCGGGGAGCCCAGGCGGAGAGCCCAGGCGGAGAGCGCGCAGUCCAGCCCGCAGCUCCGGCCCCGCGCGUCCCCCGGGAGCCGCCGCCGCUCGCCCCCGCGCCGCUCGCCCGCCGCCAGGCCCGCCCGCGCUCCCUCCCGGCCGCCGCCGCAGCCAUGGCGGAAGUUCAUAGACGUCAGCAUGCCCGGGUUAAAGGAGAAGCCCCCGCGCCAGCCUCCGCGCACAGACAUGCGGAGGAGCUGGGGAUGGCGGCGGCCGAAACGCUGACCGUGUUCCUGAAGCUGCUGGCCGCCGGCUUUUACGGCGUGAGCUCCUUCCUCAUCGUGGUGGUCAACAAGAGCGUGCUCACCAACUACAGAUUUCCCUCCUCACUAUGUGUUGGACUUGGCCAGAUGGUGGCCACAGUGGCAGUUCUCUGGGUGGGGAAGGCGCUCAGAGUAGUCAAGUUUCCUGACUUUGACAGUAAUGUACCUCGAAAGACGUUUCCACUACCUCUACUAUAUUUUGGGAACCAAAUCACGGGACUGUUCAGCACAAAGAAACUGAACUUGCCAAUGUUUACAGUUCUGAGAAGGUUCUCCAUCCUGUUUACAAUGUUUGCUGAAGGAGUGUUACUCAAGAAGACUUUUUCUUGGAGUAUUAAGAUGACUGUAUUUGCAAUGAUUAUUGGAGCCUUUGUAGCUGCCAGCUCUGACUUGGCAUUUGAUCUGGAAGGAUAUGUUUUUAUUCUGAUAAACGAUGUCCUGACAGCAGCAAAUGGUGCAUACGUAAAACAAAAAUUAGAUUCAAAGGAGCUGGGAAAAUAUGGUCUGCUCUAUUACAAUGCACUGUUCAUGAUUCUGCCCACCCUGGCCAUUGCGUAUCUUACAGGAGAUGCACAAAAGGCAAUGGAUUUUGAAGGCUGGGCUGACACCCUCUUUCUUCUGCAGUUCACCCUCUCUUGUGUGAUGGGAUUUAUCUUGAUGUACGCCACAGUACUCUGCACUCAGUAUAAUUCUGCUCUUACAACUACAAUAGUUGGCUGUAUUAAGAAUAUAUUAAUAACUUAUAUUGGAAUGGUCUUUGGUGGAGAUUAUAUUUUCACGUGGACAAACUUCAUUGGCUUAAAUAUCAGUAUUGCUGGGAGCCUGGUGUAUUCCUACAUCAUUUUCUCUGAAGAGCAGCUGAGCAAACAGUCGGAGGCCAGUAACAAGCUGGACAUUAAGGGGAAAGGAGCAGUAUGACCAGAGGAUUGCUUCAGCGACGUAGGCCUAAGACUUUGAUCGGCUUGGAGCACUGGCAAUUCUUACACAGAUACUGAGGUGUCUUGAUUAUGGAGAAAAUACCAUUCCUUUGCACUUAUACAAUCUUAGGAUUGAUUGCUGCCUUUUAACAUUUUAUGAGAGAAACUUAUAAUUGACUCUAUUUUAAUUAUGCCAUUUGAAUUAAUUUAUAUCAGACUGCAAAAUGCACCAGGCGUUUUAAUUUAUUUUUCUUCUGUGCCGACAGUGAAGCAUCGGUGUUUGGAAACCAUUGUAUUCCAUACUUUGAUAUCCAGGUGUCCCUGAGAGCUGCAUCUAUAAAGUGCUCCGACUGGAGCCUCCUCGUUCAAGUCAUUGCUGCGUCUGGAGGCAGGUCUAGCCUUCCUUCUGCUGGAAGUGCAGUGGAGUAUCGGCAGUGUCUCUUCUUUGAAUUACAUUUCUUAACGAUUGCAUUUUCUUCGUAAGGAUAUCAUCGUUGCAUUUGCCAAAGACUACAACUUUGGCUCUAAAAAAACAGGCGGGCUUUGAGGUGUAUCGCUUUGCAUGUUGGCUUUCCUGAGAACUCCUGGGAUGAGCAGAGUGCAUUCCUUGAAAAUUUGCUGUUCCCUCUUGGUUGUGUGGGAUGGAGAUAAUGAAGUGCUGGAGGGAGCACUUAUCUAUCUAUCUCUGAUUCAUUCACCUAAAAUGUGGUGAGUGUGUAACAUGUGCCAGGCCUGAUCCUGAGUGCUGGGGAUACAGAGAGGUUUUCUGGAAGUCGUUGAAUGAGCUCACUUCGGCCGAAGUGACUGAGUGAGGUGAGACGGAGAACUCAGCUGGAUCCAUCCAUUCAGCAGAUGUGACUAGGAACAAGUCGUAGAGUGUUAUCCAGUUCUUAGACACUGCAGUCUAUAUGUGGUGCACCCGCCCCACCUCACCCACAGUGGUGUGAAACCAAACACUGAGGUGUGAGAUCAGAGACAUGUGAAGAGGUGCAUUUUGUGAACCAUGCAGCCCGGCCCUUCCCUGAGUGAGAAUGGUAGGCAGGCAGGCAAGGUGCCCCCUGUGUAUUUCCCUGUGCAUCCCUUCUCCGGGUUUAGCUGCUGCUCUUUUUCCCCUCUUUAAACCAAUAUGACUGGGUCUUACAUUCCUGAGUGCAUUGGCUUGAGGGGAAAGGCUGGUUAGAUGUUUGUGUAUUGUUGAGGUCCGGUUGGUGUUAGAGCUGUCACCUUUCUCUGGACGGCAUGAGCACACCUCUCUCCUGUGGUCACUCCCACCUACAUUCUGCGUCUUUGUCCUUUCACUGCCUUCCUGAGGACCAGCUUCUCUCAAGCCCAAUGCUGCAUUCUGGGAGAACAGCUGUGAAUGGACAUUGAAUUGCCUCUUUGGGUGGGCCAGGCUGUUAAAUUCAACACAGUCCUGUGACUUGGUUCAGACACAUCCGCUGACUAUGGGGAGGAGUGUUUGCUCAGCCAGUUGUGCAGUGAGUAUGCAGGAGCCUGGGUGCCUGGUGCACACACUAGUUCAUUGGGUGUGGAAUCCACUGGGCUCCUUUGAUCUAAAUGAAUAAUUUGGUGUCUCAAUAUGGCACCUGGAAGGUUUUGAUCUGUUUAUAUUUUUGAUGGAGGUCAUAUUUAUGCUUUUCCCUUAUUUUGCUUUGUCUUUAUUAAAGCCUGGCCAGUGGUGCUGGGUCCCCAGAAUUAGCCUCACAGCCAACUUCCAAGUUACAAGCUCCAUGUAAGAGUUCCUAAGGCUCACUCCCCACCCACCCCAUAUCAGCUGAUCUGAGGACAUUCUGGUGAGAGCAUAGGACAUUACCUUGUGUAAGAUGGUUCUUACUGUCCCUGUUUUACCAAUGAAAAAACAAGACUCAAAGAAAGUAGGUGAUUUGCUAAUUAAUCAAAAUGUGUGUUUUUUUCAUUGUACCAUGCUGCCAUAAAUUAACUGUCCUGUAAGAAGGAGUAAGGAAAUGGGGUGCUAGCUGGAUUAGCUUGCGGCAAGCAGUUGAUUGAAUUUUAGUCAGAGAGGAAUAGGCUUUGCAAAUCAGGGAGAAUGAUGGAUCACACUAUAUGCCAGCGCUCUCAUCUAACUCCCAAGCUGUCCGCAGCUGAUACGCACUUCUGGCUGUGACUGUUGCCUGUCACUGCCUGGGCUCGCCUGGGCACAGUGGAAAGGCAUUGUGAGACCUAAUUUCAGCAGUUCUGUUCCUUUUUCUACUAGCCACAUGGAAGAAAGAACUUGGACAUUAGAAAUAGUUUGUGUUGUAGAAUUUCUCUUCAUGAAAGGCCUUUGGAUGUGUUUUGAGGUGUUGAACUAGAACCCCACCAGGAGUUGAAUUUCCUCUUGGGGUCAGGUUCCCUUGAAGAUCCGCCAUCUCUCCAGGUUUAUCUGAGAAAAUCAUGUAUAAGGUACAGCUUCGCUAAAUGCACAUGAUCUCAGGGCCCAUACCCUAUGCCGAACUGACUGACCAGACGCAAUAGGACAACUGAUAGCUCCUGUCCUGUACGUGCUGUGAUUCCUGGAUGCCCCCUUCAAUUGUCAUCCACAUUGCAGGAUAAGAGGAAGCAGCCUGGGGGAGUUGGGGUCUAUUUGAGAGUUCUUUCUGAGCAAGGACAGCACUGGCCAACCGUUUUUGGAGUUUGCUUCCAUUAUGUGCAGCUCAGUUACAGCAGGACACUAGAGAUGUACCUAGUGCUAUAGCAUCACCCAGGCUGUCUGGAGUGUAUCCUGAGGUUGAUAUCUUACAAGGUCAAACAUUCUCUGACCUGUUAACUACCUCCUGGGAGGAAAAAGCAGCAGUGUCGAGUUCAGUCUGUAAUUUGCUCUGUGAGAAAGAUGAGCUGUGGAGAGAAUUCUUUUAAAGCAAAAUUCUGACUAGUAGCUUCUCUUUGAGUUAAUGACAGUAGAGUCCUUUUUGGUCAGUUUGCUUUCAGUCAGUGCCAGAUUGAUUCAAAUCACCCUGGUUGAUGGGGCUACACAUUGCCAACAUAACAUGUCCAGUGAUUUUUAAUUACCUCAUAUGGCUGUCGACUUUAUGAGUCAGUCAUUUGUAGGAUCCAUCUUGAAUGUAGGUGGGAAGUUUUCGGUAGGCCUGUUGUAUCAGAAAUCCAUGGAAAGUUCAGGUCAGUAAAGCUGAUAUGUGAUCUUCAUGGAAAGAGUAAUAGAAUUUCACACAUAUGACUGGUUGGGAUUGGUACCUAGGAAUUUAGGCUUGCCUUUCCUUUGUUAUCAUGGCCUUAGUCAGUGAGCAAAGAUUUACUGAGCAUCUAUUUGAUGCCAGUCGUUACGCUCAGUGUUUUGUUUUGGGUGGCAAAAUUAUGCUCAGAGACUAAGAUUGGUUUGCCAGUAUUUUAUUUAAUACAUGUUCACUGUGGGAAUUCUAAAAAUUUCCUAAGCCCAUAACAAAAUAACAUACUCCAAAGCAAUGAUAGAUUAGUUACACUACUGUUGCAGGCGAGGGAAGGUGAAUGAAAUAAAGCCCACAUCUAGUUGAGGUGUACCUUUUCUAUAAGGUUGGUUCUUGGGAGAGACAGCUUAAUCAACAGAGUUGCCUUCCAGCUGCCAGCACAAACCAGAUCGCUUGUGCUAGAGCAGAUUGCUGGGGAAUGAUGGCCCUAGCUGGCCCUAGCUGGCCGGCAAGGUGUCCUCUGAGAGGCUGCUGCAGGCUCUUGUCACUGCUGGUCGGAGUCACCAUUACUGUGGGGAGCUGGUGCCCAAAGGUCUUGGGAGAGCUGUUUAGAUCAGCAAAGGGUCUCCUUGCCCAGAGAGAAUUUCAAAUAGACCUCAUAAACUCUCUUCACAAACAUGCAGACUGUUUAUAGUCUAAAUAGGCCCUCGCCACAGUUGCUUCCUCUUGGGAUGUUUUUUAUUGAUAGGCCCCCAGGGACGCUCCUCAGCAGCUGAGAUGAUGUCAUCAUGACACAUCUUACUUCACUUUUACAUCAAAACAGCUUUACUCUUUUUUAAAAAAAUACAUAUUUUUAUUGAUUUCAGAAAGGAAGGAAGAGGGAGAGAGACAGAGAAACAUCCUGCAUGCCUCCUACUAGGGUUCAAGCCUGCAACCAGGCAUGUGCCCUUGACUGGAAUCGAACCCGGGACCCUUCAGUCUACAGGCUGUCUAUCCAUUGAGCCAAACCAGCUAGGGCAAAGCAGCUUUACUCUUAAAAGAACUUUAUUUUUGUCAUAAACAAGUAAAUUUGAAAUCAUAAUCAAACCAAUAUACAACACUAAGCUCUGGGGAAAAUGAGAUGAAUAGGACAUGUUUCUUGCUUGUUUUCUUUAGCAAGACCCUAACUGAAAGUAGUUGAAGGAGUCGGGGAUUUAUCAGUAUCAGUGAUUAGGGGCGACCCACCCAUAAAGCUGAAGCUUUUUUUUUUUUAAACUCUCAGAGGACUUUCAUAAUUUAUACUAGUCUUUUAGCUCUGAGAUGUGCCAGGCUAUUAGAAUUCCAUGACUACCCUGAGUCCCUCUUCCCUUUACUGCGUUUAUUCUUGCUUCCCCAUAACUUUGUAUUAUUAGUUCCUCCCAAUACUAAUAUUCAAAAGAAAUGAGGUAUUGGAUGCAAAACUACUCAGCACAAUGCCUAGUAUAUAUUAGGCACUUGGCAGAUUUUGUUACUGUCAUUUUAUGGUGAAACUUUAGGCAAAAGUUUCUUAAGUUGUGUUCUUUAAAUGCUAGAGGCCUAGACAAUGUGUGUAUUUCUUGAAAUAUGUGACCUGUACUUUGUUUGCUUCCGGAAUGCUUAAAUAACAGUGUCCUUUCAAGAUCUUUUAAAAUUCCUACCGGAUAUACCAUAAUUGUGGCCAUUGUGUGAUGCAGUGAAUUCCACGUUUUUUAAAAAUGACGAAAUUAUUUAUAUUUUUACGGUAAAUUUCAAGAAACAAACAUUACGUUACCUCUUAGAGCAGUGGUUCUCAACCUCCUGGCCCUUUAAAUACAGCUCCUCAUGUUGUGACCCAACCAUAAAAUUAUUUUCGUUGCUACUUCAUAACUGUAAUGUUGCUACUGUUAUGAAUCGUAAUGUAAAUAUCUGAUAUGCAGGAUGGUCUUCGCUGACCCCUGUGAAAGGGUCGUUCGACCGCCAAAGGGGUCGCGACCCACAGGUUGAGAACCGCUGUCUUAGAGGAAGGUAAUUACACUUCAGAAUGGUGAUUCAGUUAAAACAUUUCCAGUUUGUCUCUUUACGGUGGCUGUUGGCAUGCCCGUCAUUCCUUCUUCCCUUCUCCGAAAUAGACGCCCGGACAACGCGCUCUGACUGCAUCUGCGUCUGGGUUCAUCUCAGUUGUUGGUGUUUGUGAACCUCUGGCACCCUCACUAAACCUGCUUCUAGUGCUUGUGUUAGGCUCCCGCUUCAUCAUGGUUUGAGGAGAUACUCUAUGGUAGGGUGUUUUUUGUUCUUUUUUGUUUUUUUUUAAGCUUUCUCUUUUGAAAAUACUUUUAAAGUAAAUCUACUGGUUAGAUUUAUUGUCUCACAGAAAUGUUUUUAGAGAUUAUGUUGUUCAUAAAUGUUGCUUUCUCAUGCUGAUGAAACAACUGAUUUUUGUCUACAAACGUUGGCCUAUUAUAGUAUUUUUUCAGUGUAGAUUCUAUUUACCAAAUGACCGUUUUAGUGUUUUUAAGAGGUACUGAGAAUUGAGAUAUGUAAACCAGGUGACAUAAACAUGAAAAUUAUGUGCCUAAAUAUUUUUGUAAAGUUGUCAAAUAAAUACUUUUUUUCUGAA